GUUGUCACUUCUCCGUUUAACCUAACCAAUCCAAAAUUGCCGCUACGGUCGACGGGAAUUCAGAGUUCCGUCUUCUAUCAAAUUCUCUGGGAAGUAAUGGUGGGGCUUUCUAUUGGGGAGCAACACUUCGUUAAAGGUGGGAUUGCUCAAGAUCUUCGAACUGAUGGUCGGAAAAGAUUGACUUACCGUCCUAUCUACGUCGAAACCGGUGUUAUUCCGCAGGCUAAUGGUUCAGCAAGAGUUAGGAUAGGUGGCACUGAUGUGAUUGCCAGUGUAAAGGCUGAAAUUGGGAGGCCAAGUUCUCUCCAACCUGAUAAAGGAAAAGUUGCAGUUUUCAUUGAUUGCAGUCCAACAGCAGAACCAACAUUUGGGGGGAGAGGCGGUGAGGAAUUGUCUUCUGAGCUUGCUUUGGCUCUUCAAAGAUGUCUUCUAGGUGGCAAAAGCGGAGCAGGGGCUGGGAUAAAUUUGUCUUCGCUUUUGAUAAAAGAAGGAAAAGUUUGCUGGGACCUUUAUAUAGAUGGCCUUGUCAUUAGCUCGGAUGGGAAUCUAUUGGACGCCCUUGGUGCUGCCAUUAAGGCUGCUUUAACCAACACCGCUAUACCAAAAGUCCAAGUUUCAGCUGAAGUGGCGGAUGAUGAGCAACCAGAGAUUGACAUCAGCGACGAAGAGUAUCAACAAUUUGACACUUCCAGUGUCCCAGUCAUUGUCACGUUAACUAAAGUGGGAGCGCAUUACAUAGUUGAUGCAACAACGGAAGAGGAGUCUCAGAUGAGCUCGGCUGUGUCUAUAUCGGUGAACCGAGUGGGCCAUAUAUGUGGGUUAACCAAACGAGGCGGGUGUGGCUUAGACCCGAGCGUCAUCCUUGACAUGAUAUCUGUGGCCAAGCAUGUGUCAGAGAGUCUGAUGAACAAACUUGAUUCCGAGAUUUCAGCUGCAGAGGCCUGCGAAGAUGAGUCUUGACUUUACGAUCCUUUUGAGUCUAUGGGAAUCAAAGGUUCAAGAUAUGUUUGCAACAAUCAAUUUCUGGAUCAGUCUCAUUUGUAUCUAUGGAUUUCAUCCUUUGUAAAACCCCCCAAAGGAAACAAAACUAUGUGCCUCUGAAGUCUAGAACAGAUAAUUAGCUAAACAAAUCACUUUUCGUGUGUUGUCAUGUUCCAUGCUUUGUGAUUAGAAAGAGGUGUGUUAAAGACAGUAUUGCUAUAAUAGUAACGCUAAAUUUCAUUUAUGGAUUAUUAAAAAGGAAA